AUGAACCAUCUCAACGGACUUCUCUCCAGCUCAAACACCACGGAAUCCCUGCCGCCAGACAUCAGAGCUCUUCCCGUCGGCCAGCUCGAGUCCCUCCGCUUCAAGACCAACCAGAUCGUCGAGUCCAUCCAGCUCCUCCAGCGCACCCUCAACAUGGGCGGCGCCGCCAUCAUGCCCCCCUGGCCCGAGAUCCUCUCCAAGUACAACAUCCUCCUCUCCCAGUCCCACAGCCUGUCCAUGAGUCUCGCGGCCGCGCACCAGGCGAGCACCGCCGCGCAGGGAAACCCGUACGAGCGGAUCGCACUCGCACCGCGCGGGCCGCUGUCGGACGCGCAGGUGGACGGCGAGUUCAUCCACCACCUGCGGACGCAGCCGACGGUGGACGUGCUGCGAGCGGAGAACGACGCGGUGCGACACCUGGCGGGGCACAUGGACACCAAGGGCUCGCUGGGGGUGCUCGGGCACGCGGCGGGGGCGGGGCCGCGGGGUCGGCUCGGCGGCCACCCGGAGUACGAGGACGUGCUGCGGGAGUGCGAGGAGAUCCGAGUGGAGCAUGACUUGCGGGUGGAACGGGCGACUCGGGCUGUUGAGCUGUUGCGGGAGAGGUACGACUGGAAGUCGCGGGUGGAGGUGGACCAGGAGGAGCCGGAGGACUGGGAGCCUGGGUUUGGCGGCGACGGGGCAGAGACGGGUGAAGACACGCCGAGCGGGGGGCAGAGCAACGACAGCGAAGAGGAGGAGGAGCUGGAGGAGGUCCUAGGCAAUGGGGAGCACACACCGGAAGGAUCUGCUGGGCCUGCUACACCAAUGGCCUAA